GGAACAUUCUACACUUCUUGAAUCAGAAAGAGCGCCUGGCGCGCCGGCGCAAGCGCAGAAGGCCAGCAGUCGGAGUCUCUCUCUCCGCUCACACACACGCAGGGAAAAUAAACUGCGUGGGCAGCCGACACCGAGAGGGUGGCAGUGCGCUAGAGUCUGGGAAGGAGUAGCUAACUGUACAUGCAUCAUCAGCGGGGGAUCACGUAAGAAAAUACAAGUUUUGAAUGUCAACAGAAUGAGCAAGACACCACCAAACAGGAGGGGAAUUAAGUUUGAGGUGGGAGCUCAGUUAGAGGCUCGGGACAGCCUGAAGAACUGGUAUGCGGCGAACAUCGAGAAGAUCGACUACGAGGACGAGAAGGUGCUGAUUCACUACAGACAGUGGAGUCACCGCUACGACGAAUGGUUUGACUGGGCCAGCCCUUACCUGCGGCCCGUGGAGAGAGUCCAGCUGAGGAAGGAAGGCCUACAGGAGGACGAAGGCGUACCUGGUUUCCGGGUGAACGAAAAGGUUCUGGCAAGUUGGUCUGACUGUCGGUUCUACCCUGCCAAGGUUUUGGCUGUCAAUAAAGAUGCUUCUUACACUGUGAAGUUUUUUGAUGGUGUUAUUCAGAAUGUGAAAGGGAUCCAUGUCAAGCCAUUUCGCAGGGAGAAAAAUGGAGGGAAAUCCAAAAUGGAAGGCAGAAACAAGGACAGGCGCCCUGUGAAAGGAGACCGGAGCACGAGGGCGGUGGCGAACGGGAGAGACCCGAGGGACAGGACCGACGCCGGGGACGCGAAGAGUAAGGAGGCGAGGCGGAGCAGGCCGGAGCCAGAGCAGGAGCCGGAGCAGGAGCGACAGGGGGACCCCGAGGACGAGGGGAAGAGAGCGAGGCGGGAGAGCGGGGACCGCGACCGCAUGGCGGACAAGAGCGAGGGGCGGCGGGAGCCCAUCGCGGAGGGGGAGCCGGGGGCGGCAGAGCCGAUGGAAACGGAGGGCGAAGGCGGGGAGGCAGCAGGGUGGCGACCGCAGGAAGAUCAGCAGCGGCAGGCGGCGGUGGAGGCCGGGCCCGGGGGGUCUGGGGGGCAGCCCCAGGAUCUCCGCCGGGAGGGGGGCGAUGGGGAGCCGGCAGCCCUGAAGGAACAUGCAGAUAAAGACGUCGGAGGCGCAGCGGGGUCAGCCGCGGACACGCAGCCCUGUGAAGGGGACUCGGGGAGCCCUGUUCGCGGCCGGCGGAAACGAGGCCGGCCGUCCUCAGCAGCUAAAUCCCCUGAAAGCCUCCGUGGAGUACUGGAGCUGAGAAAGAGAAAAAUCUCUCUGGCACCGAACACACCAUCAAAGAGAACUAAGCUCGAUACUGUCACAGCGUCCAGAAAGGUGAGUCAGGACAGCAGCAGGGAGACCAACAGAAGCCGGAGAAGGUCAUCCAGAUUGUCUGGUGGGGGGGCCAAGCCAGAGCCCCCCCAGACCACCUCAGAAGCCCUUGAACCCAAGCUCACGUCUCAGUCCGAAAGCCAGCUUAAGGAGACCUCAACAGACAACUGCAGCCAGUCGGAGCUCAAGCCUGCAACCGAUUCCUCGGCUCAAGUGGAGAAACAGGAGUCUUCAAACGUCCUCCCAGAGUCCCCUGUUCUAGUGUCAAGUGAUAAGGAGACACGAGAGGCUGGAGAAGGUCUGACCGAGAGCUCCAAAACAUCUGGAGAAGGAGCAAGUGUCGUCGGAGAACAAGCCCCUGUUGUGAGACGGCAGCCUCACCCACCAAACCCCAACAAGUACAGCAGGGAACCUUUGUAUACAGCCAUAAAGCAGUCCCCUGCGGCCCUGGACCUGGACCACAACACCUUCAAGUGCAAAGUCCCCGACUGCCACAAGUCCUUCCGGAAGGCCAAGCUGCUGCACUACCACAUGAAAUACUACCACGGAGUGGACAAAAGCGCUGAGAGUGACCAGAGCCCCAAGAGGAGCGUCCAGACGCGCGCCUCGGAGAAACAGGCCGCCCUGGACAGCCCCAAAAGGAGACGGACCAUCUCGGCCUCGUUGCACCUCCCGUUUCACAGUCCUCACAGGACCCUGCAGUCCCCACGAGGCGAUACAAAAGCUGGAAGACUAAACGAGAAGAGGAGGACGUCAGCGCCCCCUGCUGUCAACAGUUUGAAUAACCACAGGCCCUCCCUGCGAGAGAAGAGCAAAGAGAACCAGAUUGAGAAGUCCAACCGCAAACAGCAGGACAAGGAGAGAGAGAAGAGUGCCAUUGAGGCAGUUGUGAAAGACAAAGAGAAGGCAAGAGAGAAGAAACACAGAGAUUUUCUGAGAAUUAAACUGAAGAAAAAGAAGAAAAAGAAAAAGAAGUCAAAAUCUGAGUAUACGGGUAGUGAAGAAAAUAUUGACAUCUCUAGGGAUUUCACGUCCAAGAAACUAUUUGUUCAAUCCCAAUUGAAUUUGUCUCACAAAUUCCCCCUUUCACACAAACACAAGUUGUUACACAACUCCAGCCCGGGACACAACACAGAAAAGAUAAAAGUGGAUGACGAGGACACGCUGAGCGACUGCUCCACGGACAGCCUGCUGUGGAGCGAGGACGAGGGCAGCCAGGAUGUGGACGUCAUCACCAACCCCGAGGAGGAGGGUGGGCUGGCGGCACAGCGCGAGUUUGAGAUCGUGCGCUGCGUCUGCGAGGCCCAGGAGGAGAACGACUUCAUGAUCCAGUGUGAAGAGUGCUUUUGUUGGCAACAUGGGAUUUGCAUGGGGCUGCUGGAGGACAGCGUUCCAGAAAAGUACACCUGUUACAUAUGCCGAGACCCCCCAGUCUCUCUUGUGGCUCCAGGGCAGAGGCAGAGUUUGAAGUACUGGUAUGACAAAGACUGGCUGAGCACUGGCCACAUGUAUGGCCUGCCAUUCCUGGAGGAAAACUAUUCUCACCAGAACGCCAAGAAGAUAUCGGCCACACAUCAGCUGCUAGGAGACGUGCACCGGGUGAUCGAGGUGCUCAACGGCUUGCAGCUGAAGAUGAGCAUCCUGCAAAGCCAGGCUCACCCGGACCUGAAGCUGUGGUGCCAGCCCUGGAAGCAGCUGGAGUCGCGGGAGAGGCCCUGGAGGAGGGCGGCCGUGCCCGCGCCGACACCGGCGGCGGGGGCGCCGGACGAAGGGGAGGAGCGGGAGAGGAGCCCGGAGAGGCCGUGCCGCGUGCCGUCCUUCCAGGAGUCCUACAUCACCAGCGAGCACUGCUACCAGAAGCCUCGCACCUACUACCCGGCCGUGGAGCAGCGGCUGGUGGUGGAGACGCGGGGCGCCGAGCUGGGGGACAGCCUGCUGGCCCUGGAGCAGCGCUACGGCAGGAGCCCGGACACAGAGCGGGGGAAGGCUCUGGGCCAGCUGCAGCAGGAGAAGACCGCUCAGAGCAAGGAAGCCGACGUGUCCAGGAAGAGCUGCCCGGAGAAAGGAAGUGAAGCGAAGGCAGGGGAAGAGGGGGCUGGGGGCGCGGACGGUUUCCAGCAGCAGUGGCAGAUCAACCUGCUGGACCACAUCGAGGCCGUGCAGGAUGAGGUCACGCAUAGGAUGGACUUCAUCGAGAGGGAGCUCGAUGUCCUGGAGAGCUGGCUGGACUACACUGGAGAGCUGGAACCCCCCGAGCCUCUGGCACGACUGCCCCAGCUGAAGCACAGGAUCAAACAGCUGCUGAUGGAGCUGGGGAAGGUGCAGCAGAUCGCCCUCUGCUGCUCCACAUGAGGAGCUGCGCCCAGCCCCAUCCCCCCCUCCACAAUCAAACCAGCAGCAGCCCCUGAACAGUACCACUGAGAACAGGAAGGACGCCAGGACUGAGCAUGCUGGGAGAUGAGCCUAGGAACAGUUUCCCAGUGAACCCACUCUCAUUCCCAGCGGCAGUGCGGACAGAAUUGGUGAAAGGGAAGAGCGAAUUGUUUCUGCUUUAGAAAUGAUGAACAAUAGAUACAGCCAUGACACCAAUGACCGUAGAGGAGAACGAGAUUUAAUAAUAGAGCGAAAAAAAUAAAUAAAUAACCUCUGUAUUAGAUCCUGCGGUUUCCAGGUAACCAUGUUUUCAACAGUGCAAUUGUAGUUUUUGUUACAAGUUGUGAAGGGGUUCAGCAUGCCUCCUGUUCUAAAACAAACAGUCUUUAGGUAUAAAAGAGGUAUGCCUUUUUUUUUUUAAAACCGUACGCUUGUUAUAAAUGGCACUGGAGUUUGGCGGCUUCUAGUAUCCAUUGUGAAGCUGUGAGAGAACGUGCUAGUGGUGAAGCACCAUGCAGAAAAUAAGAUUGUAAUUAAGAUAUCCAUUUUCUUUAGGUAUUUUUAAAUAAGAAACCAAGUGUAAAAGAAGGCCAAUUUUUCUUAACAAUUUGUAUAAAACAGUGCUUUGAAAAUGAAUAAUGGGUUAAUCAAAGGCAUGAGGUGAGAAUUGCAAAUGUAAUUUAUGUAAUUCUUUUGUUAACAUAUUUGAGGGGGAAUUGUACGUUUUUGAAUAAAUGAGGGACAUACAGUAGGGUGUGUCUGUAGAACCGCAGAAUUGGAAUGUCAUGACAGGGCCAUAGGAGUGUCUCUGUGCAGCACAGUAGCACACACCACACACAGUGCAUACGUGAAGCCCACAUGCCUUCCUGCGUUUCAGAAAAAUACUGAAGUUAAUCUGUUGCAGCGGGUGUCCGGGUGAGCUGAGGUCUGUUUUUACUGGACAACUUUUGGAGCAUUUUUUCCCACCUUUUCCACCCUCUCCAAACAAAGCCCUAAACUGUGUUUAAGUGGAGGACAGUUUCUCUUUGUACAGUUCCUGUAUUGUCUGUUAAUUCCUUGGCAUAUUCAUGCUUUUUUUGGAGAAAUUAGGAGCAUAUUCCGCCUUGGAGCAAACAUCUUAGAAGAGUCUCGGCCAUUUAUAGAAAACCCCUUGAAUGCAGUCCUUAGACUGCCAUGUUAAAAUCCAUUUUAUUGGGUUUUUAAAAAUAAAUCUUUUGUUUUUGGCUGUGAUUUUCUGUCCUAGCUCUUAAUGUACAGUAUUCAAAAGAAUGUUUUUUUUUUUGUGUUUCAGUUUCUAGGCAUUUGUUACUCUGCUCAUUCUUAUUUAUUAUUGAUGAAAACAUAAAUUAUUUUUGCUGUUUUUUUCUGGCGCUCUUCUGUUUUUUUCUGGUCUCUUACUGCAGUCGCUAUGCAUUUUAUUAUAAACUAAUGAUGAGAAUCUGGCGGCAGACAGGUCGCAGAAUGGAAAGAAUGGAAAAAGAAAGCAUUUCCCUCUGUUAGGGUUUCUGUUGCCUCCUUCCGUAUUCUCCUUAACACAGACGUUUUCUUAAGAAGCAGACUAAGCUAACCCCAUAUCGAAGUUCUGAUCAGUCCAGCUUUUCCUACGAUUUCUCCGUGCAUUCUCUGAGUUUGUGCACCCUCAAUGCCUUUCUCAUUUUUUGUAACUUGUGCUCUUAAUCCUGCUUUUUUGUUCUUGGUUGUUUAUUUCACGUCUGUGCUCAUGAGGGAAAAGAGGUAUUUAUCCCCCCCCCCCCACCCUUGCUUUAUAAUCAGAUCCCUAGUAAGUUUGCUUUCUUGCAACCAGUCUGUUUUUUAUACGUCUUAUAUGAGUCCAAGUUAGAGUUGUCUUUUCUGUUGUAGAUUAUUAUAGCCAGUAGUGGUUCCCCUGCCUUCAACGGUUCUUCUAUCUCUCCGAAUGUAUUGUAAACAGGGUUUAUUUUUUAUCUGGUAUUUUCACAUAACUGCUUCUCCAAAGGGUAACAGUGGUGUGUCCUGGAUGGCUAAGACAAGAAAGCGAAAGUUCCUAAAUGUGGCGGAUUCCCUUGCCCCUGGCCACUUUUGCUGCACUGAACCCCUCUUUUCCCUUCUGAGAGAUUGCGUGUGUCUGUUCAUCUCCCAUCAGAGCUGGGGGUGGGAGACCGUAUGGGAAGGUCCGCAGAUUCCUGGACGCGCUGUUACUCAGCUUAGAGUCACUACUGACAGCGGUAACGUGUCAAUGAAUGUGUUGCGUUCUGGACAAAAGGAAAUAAACCAUCUUUUUCUUAAA